AUGUUGACUUUGCUCACCUGGCUGAGUGAGAAUCUGAAUCUGAACAUCGCUGGGGAAACCCAGAAUCAAGUCACUGGAUCAAUACUUGCUCAAUACCCAUUGUCAAGGCCUCAAAGGCACAAAUGUAUGGUUUAUCAUCCACUCUCCCCUGGGAUGAUGGUGGGGCUGCUGGGUGUGUGUGUUGGGUCGGGGGGUACUUCCAAGAGCACCUGCCUAGAAUUUGUCCUUGAGUGUGUCUGGUGGCUUAGGGGUAAAGAACCCACCUCCCAAUGCGGGACACCCAGGUUCAAUCCCUGGGUUGGGAAAAUCCUCUGGAGAAGGAAAUGGCAACCCAUUCCAGUAUUCUUGCCUGAAGAAUCUCAUGGACAGAGGAGCCUGGCGGCCUACAGUUCAUGGGGUCGCAGAGUCAGACACAACUUAGCAACUAAACUGCAGUGUCCUUUUCAGAGAGGGAUAUAUCAGAGCUUUGUUGUUAUUUAUCAAGAAGAUUGA